CCAAAGCGCUACGCGUUAAAAUGAGAGCAUUGAUGAUCCACAGCUGUAACCCAAUCAUCUCUCUGCUCCACGUGACCCUACUCUCCCCACCCUUUAACCCCUUCAAAUCUGCUGCUUUCUCCAUCAUUCACUUAAGCCAUGGCUUCUUCUUCAUCAGUACUUCUCAGCAAGCUUAUUCUCCCCCUUUUCAUCACUCACAUUGUCCUUACAACCUCCAUAGUCGAAGCUCAAGUCGAAGAUACAAGUUUGAAGCUGGUCAGAGAUGCUUUAGAAAGGCCACUUCCAAUCUCACUUUACAGUGAGUUAAACGACGAUGAAGAAGCCGAUGAAGAGAUAGAUGAUGAUGAAGGUGAAAAUGGGUACAGUCGAAGAUCUUUGUUUUGGAAGAGAAUGAGGUAUUACAUUUCAUACGGGGCGCUUUGGGCUAACAGGAUCCCAUGCCCACCACGGUCAGGCAGAUCUUAUUACACUCACAACUGUUUCAAGGUCCACGGGCCUGUUCAUCCUUACACUAGGGGUUGUUCAAGGAUCACUCGCUGCAGGAGAUGAUGAGCUUGUUAGGAAAAAAAAGGGGGGAUGUAAAAUCACUAAAAUGGUGCAAGCUUUGAGUGCUAAGCUAGCUAAAAUAUUAUGAGUUUUUGGUCUUCUCAUUUUCUUUUUUAUUAAUGAUGGAUUAGCAAUGUGAUUGUGAACUUAUUAUAACGAGCAUUCGUGUUCAAGUAUUUGAUCAUGUGAUGGGUUAGAAUAAUUAGAUUGCAGAAGAUUCAAGUUGUUAUUAUUAGGGUUGGGAAUUUAUUUCUGUUUCUUUGAUUAA